AUGUUAAUUAAGAUUAUAAUUUUAAUAGGUUUGUUUCAUCAUGUAAUAUUAUCAUUGAAAUUGGUUAAUUUAAAAAAGAAGAGAUCAGACGUUUUUUUUGUAAAUAAUAAGAUAUUAGAAAGAAAUGUGCCUAAAAAGAAAUAUAGAAUAUUAUGUAAUAAAAACAAGUCUUAUAUUGGAUCGAAUUAUAUAUUUAAUAGAAUUUUUAAUGACAAUAUAAAAUCGAAUGGAGAUAAAACUAGCGAACUUUUACAACGAGCUAAUUAUAUAAGAGAUGUUAAUGGGAUAUAUAAUAUAUUACCUUUAGGCUUUCGUGUAAUAAAUAAAAUAAUUGAUUUUGUAAAUAAACAUUUAGAAAAAUUAAAUUCUCAUGCUAUGAGCUUAAGUAUACUUCAAGCAAAAAAAUUAUGGAAUAUAUCUGAUAGAGCAAAAUUAUAUAGUGAUGAAUUUUUAUAUGUAUAUAAACAGAAGCACUCAAAAAAUGAUAAGAACUCAGAAGAAAGUUUAAAAAAAAAAAUUGAAGAUGAUGGAUAUAUCUUAAGUCCAACAUGUGAAGAAUUAUCUUUAUCUUUAAUAAACCAAAUAUAUAAUGAAAAUAUUACUAUCAAAUGUUUACCCUUAUUAAUUCAUCAAUAUAAUUAUAAAUUUAGAAAUGAAAAAAGAUUUGAAAAAAGUUUAUUUAAAAGUAAAGAAUUUUUAAUGAAAGAUGGAUAUUCUUUCCAUAGUAAUGAAAAAUGUUUAAAUGAAACUUAUGAAAAAUAUAAAGAAUGUUAUAAAAAUAUUUUUGAAGAAUUAAAAUUAUCCUUUAAUAUAAUUAAAAAAAGAAAAAAAGACAAAAUGAAUGCUUUAGAAAGUCAUGAAUUUCAAGUACUUUCUAGAGAUGGUAAAUAUAAAGAAGCGGCACAUAUUUUUAAAUUAGGAGAUUAUUAUUCUAACAAAUUAAAUAUCAAAUAUUUAGACAAAAAAAAUGAAACAAAAAAUAUACUUAUGGGUUCUUAUGGAAUAGGUAUAUAUCGUUUAUUGUAUUUUUUGAUAGAAAACUUUUAUGAUGAAGAAGGAAUUAAAUUACCUGAACAAGUAGCACCCUUUUCGGUCUACUUAAUACAAACGAAUCAAAAAAGUAAAUAUUCAGCAACAAAAAUUUCUAAAAUAUUGAAUAUGUAUAAAGACUGUAUGGAGAAAAAGGGAAGCAUUUCACAACAAAAAAAUGAACAAGAUGAUCAAGGGGCUGAUAAAUGUGGAAAUAGUACAUUUGUAGGUAAUAUACAUAAUGAUGAUAACAUAUUUAAUGGUGAUAAGAUAAAUAAUGAUGAUAACAUAUUUAAUGGUGAUAAGAUAAAUAAUGAUGAUAACAUAUUUAAUGGUGAUAAGAUAAACAAUGAUGAUAACAUAUUUAAUGGUGAUAAGAUAAAUAAUGAUGAUAACAUAUUUAAUGGUGAUAAGAUAAAUAAUAAUAAUGAUAUACUCAAUAGUAAUAAUACCCUUAAUCAUGAUAAUCGUGUAGACAUAAAUAAUACUUUGACAUAUAGCUCUUUAACUAGUAACGAUAUCGAAUAUAUAUUAACUCUAUGGCUGUUUAAUACAUUCAAAAAUAAAAAUGUAGACAUCUAUUAUGACGACACUGAUUUACAUUUAUCAAGAAAACUGAAACAUUGUGAUUUGAUCGGAGCACCUAACAGAAUAAUAAUUAAUUUAAGUAACCUAGAUAAAAAAGUAAAAGUACCUACAAACUUUUAUAAUUAUAUAGAUAACAGUGAUAAUAUCUUAUGGAAUAAAUUAUAUUUAACUUUUCAAAAUAUUACCAUAGAAUAUAAACAUCGAUUUUCACAAGAAAAAAAAAUCAUGACAAUUCGUGAAUUAUUUAAAUAUUUUAAAUUUAUAUGA